AUGGAGAUCGAAACUUUCGUGGUGGACUCUUUCUCGAGUAAGCCGUUUGCAGGCAACCCUGCAGCCGUCUGUCUCAUUCGAAGAGACAUUGCCGACCGUAUAAAUGACGUCACCAUGACGAAAAUUGCGGCCGAAAUGAACCUAUCGGAGACUGCUUUUGUCGUAGAGAAAGAAGGUGACGCGUCCACGUUCCAGACCGGCUCGGAAUUCGGCCUCCGCUGGUUCACGCCCACAGUCGAAGUCGACCUGUGUGGUCACGCGACUUUGGCCACGUCAGCAGUUUUACUCCACAGACUCGAAAACCCGAACCACGAGUUGCGGUUCCGUACCAAGAGCGGGGUCCUGAAAGCUGUCCGAAACGGGGAAGAAAUAACGCUAGACUUUCCACUCAAUCCUCCCAAACAUAUAGAGCACACUUCAGACAUUCAGCCACUCAUCACCACAGCAGUAGGGGAUAUACCUCUUCAAGAUGUGCAAUACUCUCCCUCAACUAAAAAACUUCUCCUAAGAUUACCCGACUCUUUCACGAGGACCCAGCUCGAGAAUUUAGAAGUGGACCCCCAAGCUUUGAAGCAGACCCCUCAGGGGGAACCCCUAGUUAAAGGGGUAAUUUUGACGAUGAGGGGGACCGGGGAAUAUGAUUUUCUCUCGCGAUAUUUUGCCCCCUGGGUUGGUAUACCUGAAGAUCCAGUCACCGGUGCAGCACACACUGUUCUAGCUAGCUACUGGAGCGAGCAACUUGGCAAGAGACGCCUCUUUGCUCGGCAGUGCUCUGCGAGAGGGGGAGAUGUGAGGGUGGAGAUUGGGGAAGGUGGGAGGGUGUUUCUUUCUGGACGUGCCUACAUAGUUCUGGAAGGAAAACUUAGGGUCUAA